UGCUCUCCGGUAGACUGUAAUAGAAGGAGGUUUUAAAGGGCAGUAAAGCGGGAAGAAGCCGCACUGCUCCCGGACUCUCUUUGGGACACUCUGUGGGACUCUGUGGGACUGAAGACAUGGCCGCUGUCUCUCCGCUGCGGGGUUUCACACGUCUGGCGAGCGGAAUAACACGGCGACACUGCGGCUUCUUCCGGAAGAGUGUGACCUCAACUCGGAACGCUGCCUUACUCAUCGCUUUACCUCCAUUAUCUUAUCUGGGAUAUAAAACACUGUGGAGAGCUUCUUGUGCAACUGCAGUGUUUGCACUUGACAAAGCUGAGGAAAUUGUAGAACAAGCCGACUACUUGUACAGCUGUGGAGAAACAGAGAAACUUUACCAGCUGCUGCUGCAAUAUAAAGACAGUGAUGAUGCAGAGUUCCUGUGGAGACUGGCUCGAUCUUCCCGGGACCUCGCUUUGCUGCCCAACAUCGCUGCUGACCAAAAGAAAAAACUCAUCUACGAUGCAUUCAACUACGCCAACAAAGCACUAGAGAAAAACGAAGCCUGCUUUGCUGCACAUAAAUGGUAUGCUGUUUGCAUAAGUGAUUUAGGAGACUAUGAAGGGAUCAAAGUUAAAAUAGGAAAUUCCUUAAUCAUUAAGGAGCAUUUGGAGAGAGCUCUUGAGCUAAAUCCGAAGGAUGCCACUUCUUUCCACAUCCUGGGUCACUGGUGUUUUGCCUUUGCUGAAUUGCCGUGGUACCAGCGUAAAGUCGCAGCGGUUCUGUUCGCAUCCCCGCCAACUUCUACUUACGAAGAGGCAUUGGCGUUUUUUCUGCGAGCUGAGGAAGUGGAUCCAAACUUCUAUAGCAAGAAUCUUUUGAUGCUUGGGAAGACAUACAUGAUGCUCAAGAACCCGGAGAAGGCUCUUCUUUGGCUCAACAAAGCACGAGACUAUCCUGUUGUUACAGAAGAGGACAAACAGGUUCACAAAGAAGCGCAAGAUUUGCUCAAGACUCUAAAAGGUUGAUAGAAGGAUCCAUCUGUAUCAACAACACAUCUCCGUUGUUUGUUUCUGUUCUAAUAAUCUUAAUAGGGAACAUGUAACAUUUUAAAUAUUGUUUUGGGUUUUAAAUGAGCUUUUAUUGUAGACCUAUGGAAAUACAAGUUUCAAUGUUUUGAAUUAUACGGAGUGUAAUGUGAUCAAUCUUGUCCAUACCAUUAGACACACUGGUUUAUUUAAAAAAAUAUAUUUUUCAGUUGUCUUCACUAAAAUAAAAAUGUUUCUCCUUUC